AUGGUGUUAAGUCGAAAUGAUAAAAGAAAAAGAAAAGAAGGAGAUUUGGUAGAUCUUAUGGAGCCACUUUCAGAAUCUCCAAAAAGGUAAAUAAUGAAACAUUUUAAUAUAACUAAUAUUUAUAGAUUAGUUAAUAUAUAUUUUUCAUAUAAUUAGAUGAAUUGUAAGAUAUAUAAAUAUGAAUGAUAAUAAAUAUGAAUAUAUAAGAUAUAUAAAUUUAAGGUAAUGUAUAUUUUAAAUGACUUAAAAAGAAUUUUAUUUAAUUAUAUUCAUUUUGGUUUUUUUUUUUAUUUACCUUUUACAUAUAUAUCGUUUAUUAUAGGACAAAAGUACAUGCACAAAGAAAAUUUGCACAAGGUGCUACGACAGUUUUCAAUCCUUCGCAUACUCCUAUUAAGGAUAAAGAAAAGACUAAACCAGCAGUUAUAACAGAAUUAAUAACUCAUAAACGACCAAAUACAGAAGAUUUCCUGACAUUUUUGUGCUUUAGAGGAACAUCAAUUUUACCUCCAAGCUUAAAUUUUUUUAAUGUUGGAAGUAAAAAAGAAAAACUUGAUAAUAAGCCAACACGUACAGUAACAGAUAAAAAUGUAUCAACUAGUAUACCUAUUGAAAAUCAAAAAUCAGAUUCAACUCAAAAAGCUAUUACCAAAGUGAAACCUGUUAUUACUGAUAAGAAGAAAGUCCCAAAUACAAUUCAGAAAAAUAUUACAACAUUUAAAAGUACUACGUCUACGGUACAAGCUCUUAAAAAGAAAUAUCAAGAACAACGUCUUGCUAAACAAAGAAUCAAAAAUAAAUUUAAAACAUCUUGUGUUAUGAGAACAAGAUCUUGUACAGAACAAACAUUAUUAAAAUCUGUAAACAAAUUAGCACCCAGAAAAUUUUUGCCAAGAAUUGAAAGUAAGAGACUUGGUUUACGAAGCAGUGUGCUUGCAGACAAAACAAAGAAAGCUUCAAAAGUUAAAUCUGUAGCAUCUAAACCUAAGAAGAAAGUUAUAGUAAAACAAAAGAAUAGUACAGAUACAUCAAAUUCAGACUCUACAUCUGAAGAAGAAGAAGGUCCUUUAGAAAAAUCAACAUCACAGAUGAAACGUACAAUUCAAAAGACUGUUCAGAAAAACAUAUGUACAAGAAGUAAAUCUGAAAUGAGGAGAAUCACACGUUCUCAUAGUGGCACAAUUUCUCCAAAAAAUCUUUGUAGAAGACCAACAAGAAAAACUAAAGAAGCAGCUGCAGUAUACAUGGAAAUUCUUGGAAGAAAACUUGUAAGUCCAGAUUUAGAAAAUGAUAAUAUUUCUAUGGACAGUUUUCCAGAAUUACCAAAUACACGUAAAACUACUCAAACAGAAAAUGAAAUUAAAAUUAAAGUAAAACAACCUGUUACAAAAGCAACUACUAAAAACAAAGAUGGUAAAAUUACUUCUAUUCAUAGUACAUCCAAUAAACGAUUGGAUAAAACAAAGACUAAUAAAAUUGAUUUUAAAAGUAAAAGAUUAAUAAGAGUUCGCAAGUAUUGUGAAAUUGAUACCGAUGAAGAGUCUGUAAGUUCUAAUGAAACGAGUAACAUAAGACCUGUUACAAGAAGGAGCUUAGGAAAAUUAAAUAAACCUGUAAAUCGAUAUCUUAGAUCUUCUACUAAAAAUGUAACUACAAGAAUGGAGAUUCAAAAUAAUAUAAAUAUGAAAUCAAAAUCUCAGGUUCAACAUAAUAUAAAAUUUAAUAAAGAAAAAUUUGUAAUGAAGCGUAAACGAGAACAAAGUUCCAAGUCGUUACUUGAAAAAGAUAAUGGAUUAAAGCAAAAAGAAAUAAAGAAUGCUAUUGCUGAAAAUACAGAUUCUGAUGAAGAAACAUUAGGAAUGUUGCUCAAUAAAUUGAAAAAGAAAAAAGACGAUAAUGAACAAAAAGAGAUUGUUAAAAUUAGUAAUCACGAUGUUGAAGAUAAAACUGAACAAUCUGUAAAUGAAAGUUUUGUAAAAACCGAUCUUUCAAAAAUAUCAGAUGAUGAGGAAUCUUUUCGGGGAUUUACGAAAAAAGCAAUAUCCAAAGUAUUAAAUUCUUGCCAAACACGUGUUAACGUUAAUCUUUUGGCUACGAAAAAGACCAAUGAUAAAUUAGAAACGGCUAAAAUGGAAGAUGAACAAAAUACAGAUGUAACUAAGCAUGUAGAUAAAGAAUUAUCAAGUAACGAACCUUUAUUAAGUAUAAAUUCUUCUUCAGUUCUAAAUAUAUUAGAGAAUCAACAUCUUCAAAAAUCUGAAAAGGAUAAAUCAGAAUUAUCUGAUGAAAUAGAAAAGGAAAUAUCGACAAAAGACAUUAAAAACGAAUGUCAUCAUAAAACUGAAAUUUCUUCCACGAACGUUAUAGAUAUGUCUUUAUCGACGUUGCAUGUAAGAAAGGAAAAAGUAAAUAUGUCGACUGAACAAAUUGAAAAAUGGUUGACUGAAAGUUCGCUUGCUAAAGAAGAAAGCAAGUUAGAAAUGGAAAAUGUAUCUACUUUUAAAUAUGACGUAUGUGAAAAAAAAACUGACGUAUCACACUUAUCAAUUUCAACAAAAAUUCAGCAUUUGGUAAGACCAGUCAAUGUCACACUUUCUAAAUUAGCAGAAAAGGCUAGUGUAAAAGAUCGUGUGAGUACGUAUAAUAAAUAUGCAUCUGUCGUAGUAGGAGAAUUACAGCCUGAUGUAAAACCACAAAAUGAGUUUUCUAAUACUAAUACCAAUACUUGUAUUAAUAAACAGAGCACAAAUUUAAAAGAUAUUAACAAAGGACGAAUUAUAAAUUCAAAUAAAGAUUCAUGUCCUGGAGAAGAAGGUGAUAGUACGUUGAAAUCAGAUCAAAAUUCGAUAGAUACUUCUAGCGAGAAAAAGAUACCGUUAGAAAAGAAAACUAUAUUUCAACCGAGAAAACCAUUUUUACCAAGAGUUAAGGAACGUAAAACAGUAACUCCCAAUGCAAAUGCUUUUUCUCCGGAAAAUGAAAGCAGUGUUUAUGCAUUCGAAAGUGACACUGAAAUUCCUGUUAAUACUCCCUUUAGACGUAAAGCUCGAGACUCCAAUAAACCAAACGUGAUUCAUAAUUUAUCCGAAACUGAUGCGGAUAAAAUUAAAAAUAAUGCAAGUAAAUCUGAGAAUAAUACAAAUAAAUUUGAUAGUAAUAUCGAUAAAUUUGACAAUAAUGCAAAUAAAUCUGAAAAUAAUAUAAACGUAUCUGUAAAUGAAGCAAAUAAAAAUAUAGAAAGAACAAUCAAAGAUAAUUGUGAAACAACGUCGAAAGAAAUUCUCAACAGCAAUUCUUCAAAGAACGAGAGUGAAAUAACAGAAAUAAAAAACAUGUCAAAUUCAACGUUGAAUGUGAAUAAAUUUGAAUUGCCAAAAAAUUUUGCUACUUUGGCUAAUAUACAAGUUCUACCAUUAGAUAAAUUAACGACAACGUGGAGUAAUGUAAAUUGUAGUACUUCAAUAGCUGUACAAGUAAAUCUCGAUGACAAUGCACAAACGCAAAAACAGAUUGGAGAAGGAGAUGUGAAUCAACAGAAGAGUACAGAAAUAUCUACUCAAACUGAAAGCGGCAAUGAAAAUGAUGAUGAGAAUGAUGGUCAACUAUUUUAUAUACCUUUACAAGCUGUCACGAGGAAUGGACCGAAUUUAGUUCAGGGACAGCAAUUGAUUCAAGGUGUAGCUGUAAAGCUCGGUACUGAAGGACCAAAUGGUCCUAAUCAAAAAGUUCUUUUAAGAGCGAAAUUGGUUACAAAACCUCCGUCAACGAUUGCACGUUGUCCUCCUGUAGGCACGGUACAGCCUACAACUCGUACACCACCUAAUUCUACACUUGUAACAACCGAUCAUUCAGUACCGUCUACUUCUUCGAAUACAGCGUCGAUUGUUACCACGGCUAAUUCUGAACCUCAACCAUCCACUCCAACUAAAAAUGAAAAUAUAGCGCAAACUGCAAAUAAACAAAAUAUAGGCACUACGUUAAAUAUAGGAACUGAAAAAUUACAAAAGUCUCCAAAAACUUCUAGAGAGAGAAAAACGUCGAUUGACUCGAAUAAGAAUGGGAAAAGAUGUCAGAUCAAAGCGAAACAAAAAAGUUCUGAAAUUUAUUCUCCUACUAAUAACGUAACGUUUCCAAGUGCAAAAAGUGAAAAUAUCGAAGCACGACUAGUUGAGGCUCCAACAUUUCAUCCUACUGAGAAAGAUUUUCAAGAUCCUUUGGAAUACAUAGACAAAAUAAGGCCAAUUGCAGAAAAAUUUGGUAUAUGUAGAGUUGUACCACCACCUAAUUUUAAACCGGAAUGCAAAGUAUCAGAUGAUAUGCGGUUUACCGCUUACAAUCAAUAUGUACAUCGUAUGUUACAUAGAUGGGGCCCUAAUGUAAAAGAAAUGAUGGCUAUAAAAAAAUAUUUAGCUACGCAAAGCAUAACGUUAACUCAUCCACCUUGGAUUGGUGGUAUGGAAGUUGACCUGCCCCAUUUGUAUCAAACAGUUCAAAGUUUAGGAGGAUUAAAAGAAGUUAUUGAAAAGAAAAAAUGGCAAAAAGUAGCCGAUGGAAUGAAAAUACCAAAAUCUGCUCAAGACCGUGUAACCAAAUUAGAUGAUAUUUACUGCAAAUAUUUGUUACCAUAUGAUACGUUAUCUCCAGGAGAACGAGGUAAAUUAUUCGAUGAAGUCGAAUCUGAGUGGAUAAAAAGAGAAAAUAAAAUCUUGCUAAGGCAAAAUGCGUCGAUAAGUGAAAAUGAAGAUGAUGAAGAUGAUGAUAGCUCUGAUGAAAUCGAGGAAUGCAUUGUGAAAGGUAGAAACAUGCCGUUAAAUGCCUUUUAUCGCAUUGCACGUAAUACACAACGUAUGUGGUUUGGUGAAAAUCAGCGAUCUACAAACGAAACUGAAGGUGCUUCUGCCGAUGAGGUUGAAAGUGCAUUUUGGAAACAUGUUGCUGAAAGAAAACGACAUGUUUGCGUACAUGCUGCGAGCAUUGAUUCAAGUGGGCGUGGUUUUGGAUUUUCAGUUGCUAAAAAUAGUCCAUUCGCAAGACAUCCAUGGAAUCUCAAAGUACUUACUAAUAAUGCUGGUUCGGUACUAAGAGCUUUAGGUCCCAUAAUGGGUGUAACAGUACCAACACUUCACGUAGGUAUGUUAUUUAGUGCAUGUUGUUGGUACCGUGAUCCUCAUGGUCUUCCUUGGAUAGAAUAUUUACAUACUGGUGCUAAAAAAAUUUGGUACGGUAUACCAGAUGAGCACAACAAUAACUUUAGAGAGGCUCUUUCAAAAAUGGUUCCACGAUAUUGCAAAAAUAAAACUAUAUGGCUACCUUCGGAUACAGCGAUGGUUCCGCCAGAAUUGUUAGUUGGUAAUGGAGUAUCGCUAUGCCAAACUGUUCAAGAACCAGGACAGUUUAUAAUUGUAUUUCCUAAAGCAUUUACAUCAAGCAUAUGCACUGGUUACGUAGUAUCUGAAAGUGUUUAUUUUGCACAACCAUCCUGGUUAGAAACUGCGGAACAAGAUAUACAAGAUAGCUGUGAGCCAUCGAUUUUUUCAUUUGAAAGAUUAUUAUUUAAUAUCAUUAAUGACUCUAGAUCUCAUAUAGAAGUAUUGAAACAGAUUCUUCCAAGUGUAAUUAAAAUCCGCGAGAAAGAAAUAAGUUAUCGUAAGCAAUUAGAAUCAAUAGGUCUUACAAAUACAGAAAGAUUACCUUUGCCAGAUAGUGGAAAACGAAGGAAAGGAAAAAAAGUAAAAGAAGAUGAUGGCGACUUUGAAUGCGAAAUUUGCAGAGCUAAUCUGUUUGUUUCGUUAAUCAAUAAUUCACAAGAUGAUAGUGUUUAUUGUCUGUCACAUGCAUUGCAAUUAUUUAACAGAAAAAAACAAAUUUUAAAACAUUAUACUCUAAUGUAUACGUAUAACGAGGUGAGUAUGUUCUUUUUUAAUAUCAUAAAUUUAAAUGGUUUUUACAAAUUAUGAUUCUAUUAAAAAUAUAUUUUUAUUUUCCAAAUAGGAAGAAUUAAAUGACUUGAUUCAUAAACUAGAAGAAAGAAUUGAAGCUAAAUCUAAAAAGUCUAAUCAAAUCAAACAAACAAAGUAAAAAAAAUUACAAGGUUAUUUAUUAAAUUACGUAAGUAAUAAUUAUUUAUUAUUCUAUGUAAUAAUAAUUGUCGUAAAAUUUUAUUUUGCAUAUGUUAUAUCUAUUUAUAUCUAUCAUAUUUAUUCUUCUUAUCAUAGCAAUAUAAUUGUAUAAACAAAUUUUUUUUCGUAAUUUUAAAGCAAAUAAACUUAAGGUAUUUAAAAAAUUUAAUAAUUUCAUGUGCACCUCGAAUAAGAAUCUUAAUUUUCAAAAUAAAAGGAUUACUUUUUGUCAUGUGUAAAUCGUAUUUCAAAUCAGAAGUACGAUAUUUACAUAUAUAUUUCCUUGAAAAAUGAUUUAUUCUUGUAUUAUAAUUAUAAAUAUAAUUUGAUAUAAGAUACACGAAUAUACUAUAA